AUGUCGUCAAAGAGAAUGUCAGAAAAUGAUCAAGAGAAAUCCUCAGAGACGGAUCCACCAGCGCACAAGCGACGACGCAUCGGCUUGGCCUGUAAUGCGUGCCGGAUGCGGAAGUCUAGAUGUGAUGGCCAUCGACCUUCUUGCUCAUCCUGCCUGUCCCUUGGAGUAAACUGUUUAUAUGAGCCUGGUGAUUCCACCACUAAUGUCAUCGUCCGGAAAGACUACGUUUCAGACUUGGAACAACGUGUCGCUUCCGUUGAGCAUAACCUUCAAAGAUUGAACGAUGUUCUCAAAGGCCAUUUGUCACCAUGCACUACCAACAGCAAUAAUCACCAUAACAAUCACGAUUCGCCAUGUCAUCAGCCAGUCAUCGAGCAAUCGGUUAUUUCACCCAGACCCAACACUCGAGACAAAAGUGCACCAAAUGAGACUUGUGCCACUGGUUUGGAGGAGCCUCAUGACGAGGAUGCCAACACCAAUGGCAUGGCCAUGACCUUUGUCGAAGAGAAGACGUCUGUUUACUACGGUGAAGCCUCAAACAUCAAUUUUACACAACUUCUCCUACGAGCCUUGGCAACCGUACAUGGAGCCACGCCUGUGGCACCCUCUGCCUUGAACCAGGCUUCGGGUCCCGGAGAUGGUGUAACCGCUGACAUGUCUCUCAACAAACGCGCCGUCUCUGCUAGUGACUUGGCUGCACCAGAACCCUCUCCCACCGCUCUACCGUCAGUCCAAGAGAUGGAUAACCUGUUGGACAUAUACUUUGACACAGCUGGGGUCGUGUUUCCAUUCAUAUGCGAGGAUACCAUGCGAAAGACGUACGAUGAGUGCAGAAACAACGGUUUCACAAGAGCACGCAGAACAUGGCUCGGAACCUUGAACAUGAUAUUUGCUCUUGCCAGUUGUUUUGUAACUUGCGAAUCUACAUCUUCAUCUGCCAAAGUACGCUUCGAGAAGUCCAACGUGUUCUACAGGAGAGCAACGGCACUCUGCGGCGAAUUAUCGAAACGUGUCGUCAGUCUCGAGAUUGUCCAUUAUCUUAUUCUCGUCGUUCUCCACUGCCAAGGGACGCAGCGGUCAGUACAAGCAUGGAACAACCACGGACUAGCCAUCCGAUCGGCCAUGGCGCUGGGUCUGCAUUGUCAAUCCAGCGGAGCGUCCCUUGACUCGGCUCAACAGGAAUACCGCCGACGGACGUGGGUUGUUAUAUACUGCCUGGACAAGGUGCUUAGUACUGCAUUUGGAAGACCGGCGAGUAUUGCCGACGAGCAGAUGCAUUCCUUCAACAGACGCGAAUCUGUCACAGGAUUAUCACCCAUGUCUUUGUCUAACCCUGGAGUCCCGGUUGACCUCCCUGGAGACUUCUUGUCCGUUUCCUUCAGGCUAUACCAAGUCAUGAGCAAGUCGCUAGUAGAACAAUAUGGAACGAACCUGGACCACAGUGACUCGGAUCACGAUGACAUGGCUCCAUUGAAAGCAUCAGGCGAGCUCCGAAAACAACUCCGUCUCUGGGCAGGAAGUCUUCCAGGUCAUCUGCGUGUCUGCCAGCCAGAAGAUGAGUUCCUGGCCCAGAACUCACAAGGGAACAGAUUACGUGUCAUCCUCACGCUUAGGUAUCAUAAUCUCGGUAUCUUGAUACACAAGCCACUUCUCAGCGCCACGAUACGUCAUUUGUUUCAGGCGGAGAAGAGAGUGGAUGCACCGCCGUCAUAUAUGAUACAGCUUGCCAUGGCAGAGGCACACGAGUGUUUACGAUCUGCGCAGUUAACUAUUGACAUUGUACAUGCUGUUAUUAGUACAGAUCCCUCACCCGGGAACAACCUCGGCGCCUGGUACUUUACACUAUACUACGUUUUCACAGCCUCAUUGGCUGUCAGCGGCCGUUUGCUUUGGGCACAGCAUGGCCAAAGCACUGUUGACGAGGUAGCAGUAGAUCACUGUAAGAGUCUACUCAGCAAAGCCGAAGAGAUAUUCAAAAAGCUCGAUCACGAAAAUAGUCUGGUAUUGAGCUGCCUCGAAUACAUUGCUCGCCUGGCCCGAAUAUGCAGUAUGAAAGCGAGUGGCACAGUGGAUACCAUGCCGUUUGACGAUGAUGGUAUGGAUGCAUUCCAGCUGUUUGCAGCCGAGAUGUUUGAUCCAAAUAUUUUUAAAGGAUUUAACCUAUCGCCUGAAGGGGUGGGAUUUACAGACGGGAUUUGGGAAGGGUUUCCUUGUGGCGGAUGA